AUGUUGAUCUCAAAAUUAGCUCAGCGACACGUAAAGUCUAAUCCCUCUUCCUUAUCUUAGUCACUAGCAUUUAUCGCUACUUGUGGUUUCUACAACUACAUGAGAAAAAAUAUCGAAAACAAAAAUGAAUGUGGUGGAAUUUUGGCUUAUGUAAAUAAGGAUGAAGACAAUGCUUAAGACUUUAUGAUGUAGAACGCACAUUUUUUGCAAAAAUACCCCUAUCAUCAAUGCGGAAUCGCUUUGAGAGAUUAAGUUUCAAAUAAAGUUGAGGUUAGAAAGUUUACUUCAUUAGGAGAAGAACAAUGGGCUGAUUAGCUGGAGCAUGUAGAUCAUGACCAGUUUAUGAACAAGAGCAGAAUAAGUGUACCUCAGGAAGAGGACUGCUUCUUCAAAAUGUCAGAGUCUUUCACAAAUUAAGAUGAGAAAAUAAAGAGUAGACUUGGUGUGCUACACAGCAGAUAUGCCUCAACCAAAGGAGCUAUUAAGGAGAAUAUGGCUCAUCCUCAUUCCGAUGAAAAAUCUAGAGUUAUUGUCUUCCAUAAUGGUUUUAUUGCAAAUUACGAGGAUCUGGCUAAGUAACUUUACAAAAACUAGGGAAUUAAGUCAGAAACUGAUUCCUAACUUAUUGCCAAACUAAUCGGUGUUGAGAUGGACUAAGGGCUUUCAGUGAAGGAUGCUGUUAAGAGCGUAAUAGAGAAGAAACUGAUGGGAACAUGGAAGUUGGCAGUCAUGAGUGUGGAGUAACCUGACCACAUAUACUUCGUCAAAAACUCAGGCAACUUUAUCAUUGGUUAAAGCCCUAAUUCUGUUGUAGUCUCCACACAAGAUGUUGUAUUCAAUGAAGGAACUGUUAAAUGUGAAACACAUAAAAUUCCUAACAAUCAUCUUGUUGAUUUGAAGGAUGAUUGCACUUUUACAAUGGAGAAACUUGAGAAAAAGAUCUCAGUUGAAAGACAACCAAAGUCAGGAUUUGAUCAUAUCUUUGAAGAAGAGAUCUACGAGUCAGCCGAUGCAGUUAAUGCUGCUAUUGACUUUGGCAAGAAAUUCAUUUCCAACCAUUAGGUUUAUCUAGGAGGCUUUGAAGACUAAAAGGAGGAGCUUAAACUUAUUUAAAACCUGAUUAUAGCAGCUAAUGGCAGCUCUAAACUAGCAGCUGACUACGGAGCUCAUAUUAUGAAAACUCUUUAAAUCUUUAACACCGUAAGAGUAUUUGAUGGCCAUGAUAUCAAAAAGGGAGACUUAGCAAAAGUUUAGCAAGGUGGAUAUCUUACAUUGUCUCAAUCAGGAGAGUCAAUGCAUCUUAUAAGUGCUCUCUAGGCUGCAAGAAACUAGGAUUUGACCUGUAUUAAUGUCGUUAACGUAGAGGACUCCCCUAUUACUAAAGUAGGAGAGAAUUUGAGCGCUUAAGGCUUCGAUAACAGUCAAAAUAAAAACAUUGGACUCUACAUGAAAGCUGGCUAUUGCUAUUGUGAUGUCAAAAGUUUCAUUCCUGAAAUUGUCUGCAUGGCUUUGGUCGCACUCUGGUUUUCUGAUGCCAAGACUAAAAAGCAAAAUAAGGAGUAAAAGAAACUUAGAUAGCAUAUUAUUGAAGAUUUAGAGAUGUUGAAUCUGAGACUCAAGCAUGCUUUGACCGAUCCAUAUAAGAAUCAAUACAAAGAGGUCGGUGCAUUCCUAAGAGAUCAUGAAAAUCUCUUUAUACUGGCAAAAGGCACAGGCUUUAUGAUAGCUACCUAUAUUGCUGAAAAGUUCACACAAGUAACAACAAUGCAUGCAGAAGCCUAUCCUAGUGGGGAAUUCAGACAUGGCCCCUUAUCGAUGAUAGAUGAAGCUGAAAGAACUCCAGUUAUCUUCAUCGUGCUUAAUGAUGAGCAUUUAACUCAAGUCAUUAGCAAUAUUGGAUAGGUUAGAGAAAGAGGUGCUACUAUUGUAGUCAUUUCAUUGCUAAAAGACAUUACAAAGAUUAUGGAUGUCUCUAGAAUCCAAUUCUUGAUUUAAUUGCAACCAACUGAGAGCAUGUUUUCAGCUUUACAGGCAUGCACAGCCCUGUAGAUGAUUUGCUAUUACGCAUCAAGAGCAAAGGGACUUAAUCCUGACUAGCAAGUAUUUGACGCCAUUGAUUUCAAUCAUGAAUUCUAAUGA